AUGAGAUCAGAAUAUAAAAGUGGAGGAAGAUCUUUGAAGAUUCACACACCAACCCAUGAAAUCUUCCACCACGUGCCGGAUUAUCUCACCAAUCACAUCACCAAUCCGCACCAUGUUCAUUAUCGCGGACCACACGGAGUCACCUAUCAUGAUCCGACGACCGGCGUCAAGAACAACCAUGGAUUCUUCGUCAUGUGUCGAGGAUGGACUUGCACAUGA